CUCCUUUGACAAUUCAAAAUUUUGUUCACCAACUAUAAAUCUGAAUGUGAUGAGGAGGAGGGCAUGGCCGUAAGGAUGGACAUCUGGCACUGAAUCAUCCCAAUCAGCCGGAAGAGGGAUACAGAGGAGUUGUUGAUGCCAGUUAGAGAGAGAGAUGCACACAGAGUUGUGUGUGUGCGUCAGUGUUUGUGUUAUGUCUGAUUAAAAAUCUUCGUGAUUGAGGAGAGUCACGUGACGCCAUGGGAGGAGCAGCCAUUUGAAUGGCGAGGUCUGCGCACUUUGUUAGUUUUAAUACUGUUUGUGUCAUAAACCUGUGAGAUUCGAAACAUUCUGAUUCUUAACUGUUCUAGGAAGACAAUAGGUCAAAGAAUUCAAAAUCAUCAGGCUCUGGAGACAUUAAAAGACACUUAUGUGCUCAAGCUGAUUCCCCUCUGCAGCCGGCGGAAAGCCCCGGACUCAAUUCGUAUGGUGAACUGAAAAAAAUCCGGCCUAAAAUGAUGAAUGUGUCAGCAAAGCUGACGAAUGUCGUUGCAGACUUGAGGAUCUUGCUGUAAUACGUUGAUUGAUCACUUCCAUGGAGAUUAAAUUCUCUGAGAUUACAAGAAUGUCAGAUGUUGAGAAACGGAUCAAUUAUCUGGAGUAAUCGGAGAGGGAAUUAGCUGCUAACCCGUUAGCGACCAAGGUAGAUUUGCAGCAUGUCUGGGAAAAACUGGAGGAUUUGGUGAAUCGUAAUCAACGAAACAACGUCCGAAUUGUUGGGAUUCCUGAGAACGAAGAAGGCCGAGAUAUGACAAAAUUCCUAGACAACCUCUUCCCGAGUCUGCUUGACAUAACAGGCCAUAAGACGGCGAGCUCACAGGGUCCUGGCUCAGAGAUCAGCGGAGGGAGACAGGCCCCUAUCAAUUCUGGCCAAAUUUCUGAGAUCAUCUGAUUAAGAACUUGUGUUACACGAGGUGAGGCGCACAGGAAGUCUUUCUUGGAAGAACCACAGCAUUUUCUUGUUCCCAGACUUUGCCAGAAACAUGAGAGAGAAACAUGAACGAUUCAGGUAAUGCAAGAAACUCUUACAUCAACAGAAGGUCGCGUUUGCUCUGAUGUUUCCGCCAAACUGAGAAUAGAUACUAAGGAUGGCCAUAGAGAAUUUACAUGCCCACAGCAAGCAUUGUCCUACAUGAAGACAAUGGAAUGAGUAAGCCAUUUGGUGAUUUUCUUGUUGCUGCCUAGUGGACCUGUAAGGCGGGGUGCCAAUGUGUUUGUAUUCAAAGGACAAAACUCCCCAGGGAAGCAAAGAGCAAAUGUAUGAUCUUUGAGAAAAUACACAUAUGAACAUUCUCACAAUUAGCAUCUCUUCCUGAGGCACCACACCCCACUAAGCGAAAAUUGCAAAUUCACACCUCAUUGUUGCUGUUCCACAUCUGUCCAUUCUCUCCCCUCUCCUCAUCCUUCGUUCCCCUUCAGCUCAGAAUCACCUCAAACUCACCUAAGGCCCUAGGUGCUGCAGAUUUCCAUCAACUAGCUUGGCAUGUACUAAUGGGAAACCAAGUCAUAUGGAGAGGUGCAGACCCUGGUCUUAUCCACUCGGCAUUUAAUGUGCUGAAGGUCAGCUAAAAACCUAUUCACCUGUAUACCGUAUUUUCAUCACACUUGUCAAGUAAUGCAGUUCCAACAAAUAUCCAUCUUUUAUUUUGAACUGAUUCUGUUCUGACUCUGACUCUUCUGUAUCUGACUGUAAUUUGUGACUGUUUUAAAGGCUUUGGUUCCAGUUGGCAUAGCUGGUUAAUUUAACUUUCAUAUAAUCAUGAAAUUAUAUUUCUGUUUAAAUAUAUUGUGUUUACUUCUCUCAACACCUCAUUAAAUGAAACUUAGAACAUCCCAUACCGAGGGAUUUUAACCCAUUAACCUUUUUUAUUUUUAAUCCAUCCCUUUGGUUUUGCCUUUAGACUUAAACACAUGGAGACUUGCUUUAGACUUAAACACAUGGAGUUUGUAGUUGAGGCCUCAAAAAGGGUUUUUGGGGUGUUCUUUGUGAGAAUGUUAUUUACAGCCUGUUUCUCAACUUCUGUGUGACUGUUUUCUUUCCAAACACAGUGAAAUUGUUUUAUAACUCAGUGUGUCUGGUUCAUCUCAAAGUUCAGCACUCAUAGGGCAUCCUCAUGGUCAUCACUGGAUUACCGAAUGACUUUUAGCCCUCUCCCUCUUUCUUUCUCUCUCUCCAACUAUCUCUCAGAGUUUUCCAUGCUGGUGGACGUUCUUAACACUGAGCAUGGUCAUGUAAAUCCUGUUUUGGAUAAUGAAAUUCUCUCGCUCUACCAUUUCAACAUUAGCUGUGCCAACACACAACGAACAGACAGACAAAGGUACAAUAAAUGCUUGGACACAAAUCUCAGUAGAAUUGCCACAAGAUUUAAAUGCAGAUUGAAACAGACACAUUAUUUAUGGCAUUUAAAUAUACUGGGACUUUAUCUUAAAGGGAUAAAAAUGUAAAUUCUCUCAUCAUGUACUGACCCUCAUGCCAUCCCAGAUGUGUAAGGCUUUUUUCUUCUGCAGAACACAAAUUAAGAUUUUUAGAAGAAUAUUUCAGCUCUGUAGGUCCAUACGAUGCAAGUGAAUGGGUGCCAAAAUGUGCCGCUCCAAAAAGCACAUAAAGGCAUCAUAAAAGUAAUCCAUACGAUUCCAGGUUGUAAUCUAUAUCUUCAGAAGUGAUGCAUAUCGCACCCUACUGGAUGCGGAGAAGAAUUUUUAGCAAAAAAACUUAAAUAUUGAUCUGUUUCUCACCCACACCUAUCAUAUCGCUUCUGAAGACAUUGGUUUAACCAAAUUUUGAAUUUUAGAAAUGUGGACACAUCUGGGACAGCAUAAGUGUGAGUAAAUGAUGAGUGAAUUUCUUUUUGGGUGAACUUUUCCUUUAACACAGACGCUUUCACAUUACCUAAAAUUCAAUAAUUCAAUCCUACAUUAAUUUGUCUCUCAGGUCCAAUUCUAUUGAAUAAGAUUGAAGUGGCUCUAUCUAAUGAGAAUCUAUCAGUAGAGGUUGUCUCUCUCUGCCUAAUCUGUCUGAAAGAGGAAUGGAUGAAGUAACUGCACAUUUUGUCUUGACAUAUGAUCACUAUUUCAGUUUAGAUGUAUUCUCAAAGUCAAUGGUUACAAUGGUUACAUAUCUAUACCACUAAAGCUGCAUAUCAAAAUAGUUGCUUUAAAUGCAUUAAUUGAUUUUUUAGCAGUUUCUUAUGCUGUAUACAGUUAUAAAAAGAAAGUUGAACAGUUAACACUAUGCAAAAAUGAAACAUGAUAUAUUAUUACAGAGUGCUUUUAUUACAUUUCCUUCAAAUAGAUCUAUGUAAGAAACAUUUUUUAUUUCUUGUUCUCGGAAUUCUCCUAUUUCCCGUCUUCUUCAACUCGCAUCUUACUAAUUUCCUAUUUGUGCUGUUUUCCUCUUCUCUGUCUAUUGUUCCAUUCUUACACCCUGUGCUUCCGCUCACUUCCUGUUUGUCUUGUACUCUCUGUAACAGUAAAGUGAAGGUGUUGUUUAAGUUCUCCAAGGUGGAUGGCAGAGGUAAAGAAGACACUCAGAAGGUUUUAGCCCUGCUGGGGGCCAUGGGACCCUCGGAAGUGGACAGCGUGCGUCUGCUUAACUUUUGGAUGACAGGACUCAGCAAGACUUAUAAAAUCCAUUUGAUGACAGCUGUUAGAUGUGGAGAGAGAUCUCUGUGCCAGUGAGAGAGAGAGUUAGAGAGUGAGGACAAUGGACUCAUUCCUAGAGUUACAUGAAAGGAGUGUGUGUGUGUGUGUGUGUGUGUGUGUGUGUGAGUGAGUGAGUGAGUGAGUGAAUUAAUGAAUUACGGGAAAAGGGGGCCAGGCCUGAGCCCACUGAAAGAGAAUGUGUUUUCCUGUAUAAUACAGAUAAUGGACAAAUUAUUAGCUGAGUAAAAGCUAGAAUUUGUAUUGAAGCCUGAAAAAUAUUUAGUUAGAUAUGUCUAUUUAAAUGGAAUGUUUUUACUGUCAUGAAUAGACAUGUCCAUUCACUGUCUUUUUCAGUGUGUCUAAUAGUGCAUAACACAGUGGACUGCCUUUAUGGGAACUAGGUAGAAUAUCAGUUGACAUGAGACUGCUAAAAGUUUGAUUUGUGUCCUCUAAUUGAGCCUGUUAUUAUUCAUCAUAAUGUCUGUUUAUAAUCCAUUAUAAAUCUUCUGACUUGUCUGAAAAAGAAUGAAUAUUUUAUAAGCAAUUUUAGUUAUCCUUAUUUGAUAACUUGUUUCAAAUAAAUGGCUUUUACUGUACACUUAGACUCUUAAAGAGACUAUUCUACUUUUAAACAAAAGUGUUAACUUUGUUUUAUUAAUUACUGCAGUGUAAAUAUUGCAUUUGCUGACGAGUAUCAGAAUGAUCUUGUAGAGUAAAUGUUUAAGUUAAAGAGACAUUUAUUGCUGCCAUGAGAGAGCUGCUGAAUUCUUUAACAGUUAAACAACUGUUUAUACAACUUGUUGCAAUGUUCUACAAGACAUCAAAACUUGCAAUAAACAUUGUGCUAACGUAUCCCUAACAACAUAAACACACGUUUUACGAAAGGACUUUCUAAUGUUGCACUGUGGCAUGAGCUCUUCUAAAGAGAUAAUACUUCCAGGGUACAUAACAGGGUAAUACUUCCAUUAUAGGUAUACAAUAUUAUAAUUUCAGUUCAAUUGUAAAUGCUGGAAGAAUAACAAUUCCUGAGUGGUGGAAUGUAAAAGAGGUUGCAUUGAUUCAUCACUGCAGGUCAAAGGAAUCUAGUAACGUUAUGGAAUCUAGCUCCUUAUUUCAUAAGGAACGUGAAGUUAACUUCACCUUGAAAAGUAAAUAUGACGUUUACUUCACUUAAAAAAAUGUCUCUCAUUUGCAUUUGCUAUGAACCAUUACAAGCAAGGCUGGACUGGUAAUCUGGCAUACCGGGCAUUUUCCCGGUGGGCCGACGCACUUUUGGGCCGAUCAUGGGCUUAUUGUCCAUCUGGAGAACCGAAUGGUCCGCGAUAUGCAUAAGAGGACAGCAAAGAACAUGUUUCUUUGACACAAUCUCUCAUGUGACUGUAUUUGAUCCAACUGCACCACAAACUGAACGCUUUGUCUGUAUAAUUUCAGCAUAGAAUAUUUCUCGUUUUUUUAGGCAUCACAUGCCUGACUGUAACUAAUCUGCAAGUAUAAACUACAUAAACAUGUCCCUGAUGAAGUACGACCUCCUUUUAUUUCAGACCUGAAAGCUCAACAAGCUUACUCAUCACUUCACUUAAUGGGUAAAGGGAUUGAGGGAGACAGGGUGCAACAGGCACAGAGAUGGACACUUCAUUGUGGGGGGUGGAAAAACAGGCUGCCAAAGUGCAUGACUAAGCACGGGAAAGCCUGAAAUAAGGAGAAGAGGGGGAGUGCAUGCCGUCUAAUGAGGUAAAGGGGUGGAGAGGGAAGGGAAGGAAAAGAGGAGGACAGAACCACCGGGACUUUCACUUUCAGGGAGCAAGGUGCCCCAAACCGUUCCUCCAGAAGUACAACAGCCUGGCCAGAAUGCACUGCUAACUAGCUUGCCAGGAGAGAGGAGUGCAGUAAAUUAAAGCCUCAAAAUAAAGUGACUGAAAAGGAAGGAGGGAAGUAAAGAAAAAGAGAAACAGAAGUCUGGGGAAGUUCAUGUGUGUGACUGGAAUUGAACCCGAAGAACAGAAUGAAGAGCAGCUGUCAUUGUGGGCUCGAGGAGAAAGUGGAGCUCUAAGAGGAAGAGGAGACGUAUACUGUUGCUUUGUGGCUGGGAUAACACGUAGACAAGAACAGACUGAGAUUCUUCAUUAACAUUUCUUCUUCCCUUAGAAGAACAUGGGGAAUAUGGCCCACAUUGGCCGGUAGAAGCAUGUCACCAACAGUGCUGUUACUUCUAUCAAUGUUGACUGUUCGAGGAAGUGGGUGCGAUGAUUUUAUGAAGGCGACGGUCCAAAAUCUUCAAGGCACUAUCAACAGAGAAAAAAGGAUUGGAUUCUCACAAGUGUUUCCCAAAAAUUACUUCGUGUCUCACUACUUCAAUGACAGCGCUCUGUGUAAUGAGCCGUGCUGUGUGUUCAGUGCUGCUGUGAUCCUAUCUAAUUCCUGGACUCAGCUUCUCUGGCAUCUCAAUAAUGUCCACAUCAAAUACAGAUUCAUCAGCGAGUUGAAACUAAAACUGGAUGAAAUAGCAAAAGAGAAAUUUCUGGAACCUCCAGAUCUCUCUACUUUGCAAUCUGUUCAGUCAUCACCUGAAGUUCUACUCUCCUUCACCUCAGCCCUCUUCUCAAGAUGGCUCAAUUUGGAUUGUGCUUUUGGAGAGCAUGACUGCAUUUUCCCCACAAAUAGUGAAGAGGAUCAAGAAAAUCUGGUGUCACAGGAGGAGGGGAAUUUUGACAGUAGUGAACUGGUGGAUGUGCAGGAGCCUGUGAAAGAAGGAGAGAUAGGAAAAAGACAGUUUGACCAUGGUCCAACAAAUGGAUACGAGUCAUCCUUCCCUAGUUUCUCUCGGUGGAUCUUACCUGUUCUAUGGAUAGCAACAUGCGUGACAUCAAUCUGAUCUAAUGUGGGAGAAAUAUCUGUUUUCAAUAUGACACCAAACUUGGCCUUAAGGAUUCAAGGCUUUACUUUGCCAGGACAGCUACUUGGUUUCAUUGAGUUUAAAUGCAUGUCCACUUUUGUUUUACAGGGGUAAAAAGCUUGUCAGUUUGCAUGAGUGUUCAAAGAAGUUGCUCUCUGGAUCAAGUGGUUCAUUAUUUCUGGAGGUUUCUAAAGAGCGACAAUUGUGGAUUCACUUCUGUUAGAGAAAACAGGAUGUUUUAGAAACUGACACAUGGCCAAUAUGAUGUCUUACUGUGUUCUUUUACCACAACUAUGUACAAACGCACAUGUGAUGUUUUUCCUACAUCAUUUCUUUGCACUGAUUGUUUAAAUCACUUAUCCAAUAUUUCAUUCAUCGUAAACAGUGAAUGUGCCAUUUAUGAUAAUUCAGAUGAAAGCUGUCAAAAUAACAAUUUUAACUGUGAAUGUAGUAUUUAACAUUAAGCCUUACACUAUUUUCUCUACUACACUCAAAUACGAAAAUAAAUACAAUAAGACUGUAGAGUAGUCUAUUAGCAAAAGGAACCAUAUCAUCAGUGUUGGCUUGUCAAGAUAAUCUUUUUUUUUUCUUAAAAGACAUUUUUAAAACGUCAUGUUUACAUUUAUUGAUUUGUUGAGUUGGAGACUGUCCAUGAAGCUCGUCAAUACUACCACAACUUAUGUUUUACUAAAAUAAAUGUAACAAUGUGAUUUAGGUGUAGAUGCUUUUGUUAUGUGUAGAUUUAUAUAUAAAUCAUAUGUGUAGAUUUAUAUAUAUUCACUGGCUGGCAAAAGUUUGGAGUAAUGUAAAGAUUUUGUUCUUAUGGAAAGAAAUUGGUACUUUUAUUCACCAAAGUGGCAUUCAACUGAUCACAAUGUCAGGACAUUAAUAAUGUGAAAAAUUACUCAAAUUUGAAAAAAAUAAAAAGGUUCAGAACUUCAUAAAUGACUUCAAAGAGUUCUCAUCAAAAAAUCCUCCACAUGCAGCAAUGACAACUUUGCAGAUCCUUGGCAUUAUAGUGGUCAGUUUGUCCAGAUACUCAGGUGACCUUUCACCCCACACUUCCUGUAGCACUUGCUAUAGAUGUGACUGUCUUGCCUUACAGCCUAGCUGAUCCCACAACAGCUCAAUGGGGUUAAGAUCCAUAACACUAUUUUCCAAUUAUCUCUUUGUUUUUCUUUGCCCACUCUAACCUUUUCUUUUAGUUUUUCUAAAAAGUGUCUUUUUCUUUGCAAUUCUUCCCAUAAGGCCUGCACCCCUGAGUCUUCUCUUUACUGUUGUACAUGAAACUGGUGUUGAGCAGGUAGAAUUCAAUGAAGCUGUCAGCUGAGGACAUGUGAUGUGUCUUUCUCAAACUAGAGACUCUGAUGUACUUAUCCUCUUGUUUAGUUGUACAUCUGGUCUUCCACAUCUCUUUCUGUCCUCGUUAUAUAUAUAUAAUGGCAAGCAACUUUCUAGCACCAAAUGAGCAAUUUAGCAUGAUUACUCAAGGAUAAGGUGUUGGAGUGAUGGCUGCUGGAAAUGGGGCUUGUAUAGAUUUGAUUAAAAAAAAAAAAAUUCAGAUAGUGAUGGUGCUGUUUUUACAUCAGUAAUGUCCUGACUAAACUUUGUGAUCAGUUGAAUGCCAUUUUGGUGAAUUAAAGUACCAAUUUAAUUCAGAAACAACAAAAUCUGUACAUUAUUCCAAACUGCCAGUGUAAAUAAAAUACAUCUUUUUAAGUGCAUUAAAGGUCUGUAUUA